GGGUGUUGAUUUGCCUUUCCCUCACUUCCCCUUGAGUAAAGGAUUUACCUGAGAGGAUUGAUAGGGGUUUAGAUUUUGAACUCUUAGAAUUGGAGUGGUAUAGCAAAGUUGCUAGAUAUGCAGGCUUCUGUCGUUGCUCGCAAAAGUGACCUUGAAAAACUGCCGAGGAGUUGAAAGAUUGAAGGACAAAGUUUGUUUAUACAGAUUUGGACUGAAAAGCUCUAUUUAAGAUGAAAAGAGACUGUACUUCUGAUGUUCAAGUUGAGUGGUUAGUAGGAAUAUGUUAUAGAUUCAAAUUAGGAGUUUUCAAGCAGUAAGACAAUAGGACUGUAUUCAUUCUCUCCCACUCUUAUCCAUUCCCUCCCCCAACAAAAAUAUUCUAAAUCCUUUUGGUAUGAUAGUUGAGUGAACUGCCUAACAGAUUCAGAAUUCCUUGCAUGCUACCUUGUCUUCUGUGUAAUCUAGAGGGUUCUUAGUGAAGAAUGGUAUUUCAGGAGUUCAAAGUAAUGUUUGUGAAACUUCUUUUGGGAAUUGGAAUGCUUAUGGUAAGAAAACAGUCAUUCUGGGAAGUUAUAUCGUAAGGGAAAGGAAUAUGUGUUAAGGAUUACAUUUUUAACAGAAAAUUAUUUUAAUUUUAAUGUUUGUUUUUUUUACAAUUCAUUGAUUUAGAUGUUAUCAGUUGCUCUAGGUUUUACAUAUAAUUGAAAAAACAGAUCUAGAUACUGAAUGACUCUACUAGCCCUGGGAGAAGGCCUGGAGCAGGGGAGGUAGAAGUUGUCAGAAUGUCCACAGAAGGAGGAUUUGGUGGUACCAGCAGCAGUGAUGCCCAGCAAAGCCUACAGUCCUUCUGGCCUCGUGUCAUGGAAGAAAUCCGGAAUUUAACAGUGAAAGAUUUCCGAGUACAGGAACUCCCACUGGCUCGUAUUAAGAAGAUUAUGAAACUGGAUGAAGAUGUGAAGAUGAUCAGUGCAGAAGCCCCUGUGCUCUUUGCCAAGGCAGCCCAGAUUUUUAUCACAGAGUUGACCCUUCGAGCCUGGAUCCACACAGAGGACAACAAGCGCCGGACUCUACAGAGGAAUGAUAUCGCCAUGGCAAUUACAAAAUUUGAUCAGUUUGACUUUCUCAUCGAUAUUGUUCCAAGAGAUGAACUGAAACCUCCAAAGCGUCAGGAGGAGGUGCGCCAGUCUGUGACUCCUGCCGAGCCUGUCCAGUACUACUUCACGCUGGCUCAGCAGCCCACCGCCGUCCAAGUCCAGGGGCAGCAGCAAGGCCAGCAGACCACCAGCUCCACAACCACCAUCCAGCCCGGGCAGAUCAUCAUUGCACAGCCUCAGCAGGGCCAGACCACACCAGUGACCAUGCAGGUUGGAGAAGGUCAACAGGUGCAGAUUGUCCAGGCCCAGCCACAGGGUCAAGCCCAGCAGGCCCAGAGUGGCACUGGACAGACCAUGCAAGUGAUGCAGCAGAUCAUCACAAACACAGGAGAGAUCCAGCAGAUCCCGGUGCAGCUGAACACCGGCCAGCUGCAGUAUAUUCGCUUAGCCCAGCCUGUAUCAGGCACCCAAGUUGUGCAGGGACAGAUCCAGACGCUUGCCACCAAUGCUCAACAGAUCACACAGACAGAGGUCCAGCAAGGACAACAGCAGUUCAGCCAGUUCACAGAUGGACAGAGGAACAGCGUGCAGCAAGCUCGAGGCUCUGAGCUAACGGGAGAGGCAGAGCCCAGAGAAGUGAAAGCCACAGGAAAUGCAACUCCCUGCACCUCUUCCCCGCCCACUACACACACACCCUCACACCGUGCUGGUGCCUCCUGUGUCUGCUGCUCCCAACCCCAGCAGAGCUCCACAUCCCCUCCUCCCUCUGACGCCUUGCAGUGGGUGGUGGUUGAAGUAUCUGGGGCCCCCAACCAACUCGAGGCCCAUAGGGAGCUGCAUGCCCCUCUCCCAGGGGUGACCUCACUCUCUCCUCUCCACCCCUCGCAGCAGCUCUACCAGAUCCAGCAAGUCACCAUGCCUGCCGGCCAGGACCUCGCCCAGCCCAUGUUCAUCCAGUCAGCUAACCAGCCCUCCGACGGGCAGGCCCCCCAGGUGACCGGAGACUGAGGGCCUGAGCUGGCAAGGCCAAGGACACCCAACACAAUUUUUGCCAUACAGCCCCAGGCAGUGGGCACAGCGUCCUUCCCCAGAGGACCCCGCCGACCUCAGCGCCUCCUGCAGGCUAGGACACUGGUGCGCUUCGCCCCACACCUGGGGGCCGAGAUUCUCCAACAGAAAGAUGCAAUAUUUUUUAUUUCCUUUUUUCCAUUUUUUUCUCCAAGGAAUCAAUAUUUCAGUAUGUUGAGCUAUGUGUCCAGUGCUAUGAAAUGAAAAUAUUAAAUACAUAUUUAUGGCAUUUUCUUGAAGAGUGUGGUUGAAGAAAUACUUCUUUUGGGGUUUUUUUUGGGGUUUUACCUCCACUCCUUUUUAGGAGCAAAUCUCCUAAUAGGUGUAUGUUAUCUCCUGACUCUUGGAACAGCUGCUGCCCCCAGGAUUUUCCACCUUUUUCUGUCCUCAGAUUAAACUAGGUGAAUGUGUGUAGCUUCUUUUUCAUUAGUGGUCUUCUCUCCUUGUCCCUGCUCUUUCCCAGAGCUCUGUAUUUGCAUCCAGAGGCCAUGGAAACAUUCCUUGCAUUUAAGAGAUGAACUCAUUCACCAUGGAGAGUGGAUGGUUUCAUUCCCAAACCCUACUCUCCCAGGGACCCUAGGAGACUAGAACUUUGUGCAUUUACCUCCCAUACACACAUUUUUAUUUUAUUUUUAAAAUGCAUUAAAAAAUUGUGCUAGUCUCUUGCUGCAUGGACUUCAAACUGCAUGACAUGCAAUAAACUCAUUUUAGACAAUUCAAA